GUGCUGGAGGGGCAGGUAUAGCCUCAUGAAGCGACAUGGAGCUCAGAGUGAAUGGGACAGUGUUUCCACUCGAGUCACCUGGCACAUGCCCAGAGCGUAUCAGACUCUUAGUUUGGAUUGUUUUCAAUGAGAUGUGGACACUAAUACUUUUGAAAAUGUUGGCCUUAACCUUUCUGUAUCUCUCUUUUUCCUCUUACACAAAAAAGCAGGUGUUAAGUACACAAUAACACUUUCAUUGGUCUUUGCUUCCUGCAAGGUGAGGUGCGUGUGGUGUGAGCAAUUUCAAAACAAUCCCAGAGGAGAUGGGCAACAAAUAACUCUCCUCCUCCACCUUGUGUACCAAUUUCACUUCCAGCCAAAUGACUGCUGGGCAGGCUGAAUCCUAUUAAAUAAAUCUCUAUAUCUCUCAUUGUUACAGUUUAAUGCAACCAGAAGAAAGACACUGAACUUGAAAGCAGAGCACAAAAGCAAAAUCUCAGUGCUACAGGCGAGAUUAUGCUAAAAAUUGGCACAAAGGACAGUUUACAUUUCACAAUCCUUUUGGGUGCCAUUUAUGCUCUCUAACUGCUAAAUUUUACUGGUAGGAGUCUGAUUGUGAUAUCCUUCCUAUUUCUGAUAAUAUAAAAAAGACUUUGAAACUCAUCCUUUAGCUAAAUGUUCUGUUGAUCAAAGUGGGUGAGAGAUAAUGUUCUUAGCACCAUGAGAAGAAGACUUCUGUAAAGUACUUUUUCCAUUCCCAUAUCAGGUUUCUAAUUUCUAGAGCAAAAACAAAACCAGUGGCAGACAUCUGAAAGGAUUAAUUAUCCAUCCGUACUUGCCUAAAAUGUUAUUCCAUAUUUAUUAAUUUAUUUCAUGUAAAAAUAAAACCAAAAAACAAUCAUCAAGUUCUUUCUGCCAGCAUCACCUAUUUCUAGGGUAACUAGGUAAAUAAAUAAACUGCGUUAUUUUAUCCUGAAGCAGUGUUUAAAGGUCCUUAAAAUAUUCUGUGAUCAAAUUGUAGGGCAAUGGGCAUGCUAGAGACAUUUCAUUUUCCUCUAAGGCUCAAUUUUUAGUAACUGGCACUUGCAUUUUGUCUGUAUAACCAGUCUGUUAACAUUGGAAAUCAGUGGUUUCAAUUAUGUUUUCUGUCUACUCCAUUCUGGCAGCAAACUAGUUUUUUUAUGACAACAUGUAGUAAUUGGGCCCAAGGUAAUGAAUACACCAGUCAUGGGCGUCAGAUCAAGGUUCAGUAGGAGAAGGUACAGCAUUAUUUUGACAAUCAUGUGAAUGAAGGUUAUAGGCUAAGGUAAAAUUCAGAAAGAAAAUAAGGUUUUAAGUUGCUUUAAUGACUGUAAAACUGAAGUCUUGUGUGACUUAAGAUAGAUACAACAGAUUUUUGAAUAUCUUCCUGCCAGAAUUAUCUUGAUUUUCCAGUGAUCAUCUUCAGUCAGUUUUUCUGUUCUUCACAAAGGUGCUGAUGCAGGUUGAGAACAGUGUUGUCAGCUCUGUGCUAUCUUCAUACCUUCUUUCUUCAUAAAUAGAGUUUCCAGAAGUUUAUUUCUUACCUCCUGGCCACAAAAGGCUUAAAUGAGAGCAGCAGCUAGUGGCUUGUAUUUCCAUCAGAACAUACUCCAUUCUUGGAGAAGGCCAUACUCUUUCAUUCAGGUUGUUCCUGGUGUCUGUAGAAGUUAUCCGAAACAGCAGCGUUCUUGACAAAGAAGGAAAAUGCUUUAUAUUAGCAGUUGGAUUUGGAUGGUAAGCACAGGUGGUUUUUUUUGUUUGUUUGUUUGUUCAGCUUAAAUGACUUGUAGUUUGGAGUAAUGCUGUAAGGCAGUAGAUGCUUGAUAGUUGCUAGUACAUGAACAGUGCCUUACGAGCAUGCCUCCAACAAUGAUAGUGGUGUCAGCAUUUUUUGCUGUGCUUUUACAAACAUCUCCAGUAAUACUUAGAUGAGAGCUAAUUACUUAGCUAUCAGGUGACACUGCUUUGAAGAACAUUCAUGGCUUAACUUUGCCAAAUCCAAAUCCUCAUCUUCUUCAGUGGUACAUCUUGGUGCAGGAUGGAGUUCUAGACUUUGAAGACAGGAACACACCUGAGGUCAUUCUUCAAAAGAAGUAAGGAACAAAGUCAAUGAAGGUUCAAUAUAGACACUGAAUGCUGGGAAUCAUCUGUAUGACAAAUACUUAGAAAUAAGGAUGAGCUCAGUCAGACAAGAAGGCAUGUGUAUCAUUUCCAUAUCUUAAGCACAAAGUAAGAAUGAUUAAAUAAAAGAUCUGGCUCUCAGGUUGUGUUCUAAUAGAAAAUGACUUUGAAGCAGCUGUAAGUUUGUCACAGUAAAAGUUCAGUACAAUAUGCCUUGGCUUUCAAUUCCUGAUGAACAUAUUUCUAACCAGGGAAAACUAAGCAGUCUGGAUAAUUGUAUUUUGUCGGAUUUUAUAUAUGAAAAAUCUUCCCAUUGGCUACUUCUGGAGAGAGUGCCAGAGGAGGUAGCACUGUUGUGGUAUGAACAUGUCAGGACAGUGCACAAAAAGCACCCCAAAAACUCAGAAACAGAAAAAUAUCCCCUGAGAUGCCAAAAAUACUCAAAUAUGCAAAACCUCCUAUAAUUUUACAGUAUGACCAUUGCUAGUGUUGUUUGAUCCUUACUGGUCUCUAAGGUGUUUCUCUCUUUGUAAACAUUCACUAGGUUUCAGAAUAACUGAAAUAUCUGUUCCUUCCCCAUGCCCUCUUCCCCAGGUUUUAUGUUUAACAACCUGUGCGCUUGCUUGCUUGUGUGUCAGUCUACCUUCUGCUUCAUGAAGGAAUUUAUCUGUGGAGCUGCUACAUCGGGGUAAAGUCUGUGCCACAGACAGCUGUUGGCAUAUUCUGAUAGGAAUCAACUUGUUUCAGACCAAAUAUUUUAAUAUAGAAAAGCUGAUUGUCCUAAACUGGAUUUCAUUUUAUUUUGCUCUCUCUUUUUAAAACAUGUGAUUCCUUUCUAAUUUUAAGCCAAGGUGUGGGCUGCCACCACAAAGGACAAGUCAAUCUCCACUUUUUCCAUGAUCCCAUUUAUUUAUAAAUAGAACAGUUCCUUGUUCUGGUUACUGUGCUGGCUGGGAAUAUAUUCAGUGUACUAAGAAGGAGAGAUUAUCCCUUCCAACAGCAGACUGUAUUUACAUUAUCUUGAAGUGAUUGUAGUCCUGUGGAAUUAGGGACCCAACCACAUGCUUUCACUAGAAGUUCUUUAUUAUUCCAACAAAUGAAUGUUUAUGUGUACACAGCAAAUAUUGAUACAGUACUAGGAAUACCACUCAUUUCCCUCAUAAAGCAGGAUAACUACAUUAACAGACAAGUCCAGUCAUUUCCACAUGUGAGCUUGACUAGGAUUUCAUAUUCCAAUCUUCAAAAUAAAUUGCCAGUUUGCUAGGCUUUUGGAAAUUUCAUUAGCAUCUAUAAUAGUGUGUUUCACAAACUUGAUUAUUGGUGUAUUACUUCAAUUACUUGGAAAUGAAAUAUAUUGGAUGACUGUCCUGAGGCUAUUUUAACACCCCUCCAUCCCUCAUCUGCUUACUCUUCUCUGUUUUGUUUUAAAAACCUGGCUGUUCUAUCUGGCCCCAAUUCAUGGAAACUUUCUUCCCUACAAGAUAUCUUUUAAUGCUUAAAUUGAAAGAUGCUCUCAAGUGCUUUCCUCAGGAGGAGUGGUUCUCAAAUGUGCUUUCCCGAGCUUCAGCCUUCAAACUGAGUAAAUGCUCCUUGUGUCAGGAGCUCAGGUAUAGAAGAACUCUAGUGGCACCACACUCAGGGUGUUCUCUCUCAGGUUUUCGCUAGUCUGCUGGCAAGAACACAGGAAAAAAAUGUUUGCAUAAAUUGCCAGCAAGUCUUGCCUUGGCUGGAACUUAGCCAUUAAUACAGGCAGAUCAAAUUAAUACCAUUAAAAACCAACCAAACAAACCCAAACCAAUCAAACAUAGCAUGACUGUAUCAAACAGCUUGUUCAGACUAUUAUCCUGGCUCCAUCAGUUACCGAUAGCAGGCACAAUGGAAGUGUGUAGAAGCAAGGCAGCCCAGUGCCAUGUGUGCCCAGAGCACUCUCCCAGCUGCCAGUAAUUUGUGGGUCAGGAACUUGUGGAACAGUACACACUGAUGGCAAAGAUUUAUUCUGGUUUUCUGCUAUAGUAGUAUCUUCUCUGAGAACUCUUCUAUAUUUUCUCUCAGGAGAACCUGCUAUUCCUAUAAAUUCUCAGCAGGCUAUUGAAUAUGUUUCUUUAGGAAAAAAAAAAAAAGGAGUAAAGGUUUACUGUUUGUGCUUUUACCUUUUACAAACUCUUUACAAACUCUUUCUCAAAGUCUUUGCUUUCACUUAUCUCAUUACAUUUACCCUGUCAGAACCUUCACAUAAUCCAAGAGAGAGGAAAUCCUAUCUCCUGUGAGAUAAAACCCACCACCAUCACCAUCAAAAAACACAGAAACCUAGCCCAGUCAAGCCUGAUUAUUUAACUGAAAACCAGACACCCCAUGGUGAAUGGUGUAUGCAUACGUGACCAUCAUGAGUAGGUGUAACAGACACAGUGCUGUCAGACAUGAAAUGCCUGAGGUCCUAUCUACUAACACUGUGAUUAAACCAAAGAUACAGAAUUUAAUAUCAUGCAGCAUGUUGCAUAACAGUCUUGCUGUUGGUUGUUCAUCUUCUAGAGACAACAGUCUGUGGCAGUUAUAACUUUUAGCUUUGUUAUUUGCUAACUGAAGGUGACAAAGCCUAAUUUCCACAGCAAGCUGGAGAGCACCUGUAAAGGCCAGAAAACAGUCCAGCCGCUUGGAAACAAAAACUGUGUAAUUAUCUGAAGUGACUUGUGGAAGAAGUGGCUGAAACAUUAAUAGUUAUAUAUAUAUAUGUAUGUAUAUAUAAAUAUACAGGUAUUGUUAUGUUAUUUAGCAUGUAUUAUAUUUCUUUCUUUUUUUUUUUUUUCCAUUUUUCAUUUGAAUAUAGUUGCACAUGCAUUUGUAAGAAGUUAAACUUAUACUUGUGGAAAACACAAAUAUAAAAAGAAAUUAAUGAAAAAACAUUUUUUAUAGUUUUCAUUCUUCCCCAUAACAAUCUACAUUUCUGUCAUCCACCCCCACUGGCCUUAUGAACACUCCAAAUUAAAUAUAUUGAUUAUGCUUAUGUCAGACAUUUUCUUCCAUCAAUAAUAAGAAACUUGCUUUUUCAUUUUAUUUCAGGAAGAACAACUAAAAACAUUCCUUUAUGACUGAUCCCAGCUGACUUUGGCUCUUCUUAUUUGGGAGCUUGGGCUUUUCAUAAGAAACAUUGCUUCUCCAAGCCAGACCAAGAACAUGGAUGGCCCAGUGUCUAUUUGCAGAGGACAAUUGACUGGGAUAGCUAUAGAGGAAUAAAUAUUCUGCCAGCAUCCUUUUGAAUAGCUCCUCACGUCAACACCUAACUCAGAGUAAUUUCCACUUUCUAUAUGGUGGCAUUUAACUGCUGUGUUACUCUACAGACAGGAUUGUCCUUAUCAGAGGCCAGUUGUUUGCCUUUUCUGAAAAGGCAUCAUUCUUCCUGCAACCUUUUACUGUCUAUUUGCAGAGAGCUUUCCUUUCUAACCCAGCCACCAGACUUUUUCUGAACACCCUUUCCCCGCUUCCAACAGCUGUCCUUUAGAGCUUAAACGUUCCUGACUGGAGACAUUAACUUAAAUCUAGUUUAAUGAUCUCAAGGUUUCCUUGAAUCUGAUUUUGAAGGGAGGCACUUUAUUUCUACUUGAUCAGAACACAGCCAUUCUUGUUUUGUUCCAAGGCAAUAAAUGAGGUAAUAUUCCCUUUGGUUUUAUAAAGUAUCCUUAGGUUUAUCUGCUACUGCUGUACUCUCUAAAUUACACCCUUCAAUGGCCAGGAAUGUCAGUAUGCCUCGCCAGCCACCAGCUAUAGAUGGAAAGACAUCAGUGCACCGUGUGGAAAAUGAAGGCAUAAGCCAGAAACUAUUCCACCAGCACUUUCUGACACCAAAAUCCAGGUGCUUGCAGGUAGUUUAGCUCUCCACAGCAAAGAGGGGAGAGGAGAAUUGAGCCUGAUUCAUGCUACCUGCCAGUUUGUACCCUCCUUAUACCUUGCUGACGGCUCUACAUGCUCCCAAUAUACUUGCCUGCAUACAAGUAGAAGUGCAUACAGAAGGGAGAAGGGGAGGGAAAUACAAAAUAUUUUCACGUGCUAGAAAACCCAGUGAGACUGUGGGCAGUCUCAGAUCUACUUUCUCUUGUAGUCCUCUGAUGGUACUUAGGAGCUCAAGUCAUCAACAGCAACUCUAUUACACGGGGUGCUGUACAGUGUAUAAAGACUGCUCCUAUUUUAAAGAACAGUCAGGAAAUGUACAAAGGAAAUGCUAGAUGGGAUGUCACAGUGCUAACAGAGACUUAUGAGGAGUUGUCAGGGGAUCUUAGGGUGCUUAAUACAUUGCAGUCUUUUCAAGUGUUAAAAUGCAUAAGUAAAUCUUCUAGUUUUACCAGACAAAAAGAGAUGUCAAGAAAAAAAAAAAAAUCAAAGGCAAUUAUUGUAGACCACAGGCCACAGAAAAAAGCUUUUACAGCCACAUGGAAAACUAGCCAGAGAACAAGACCUGACUGGUGUACGUAACCACCGGGUGUAAAUAUUAGGCCUUUAGGGUGACAAGUGUAUGUGCUUGGCUGCUCCCUCACACCUGUUUUAAUGUAAAUUCAUAUCACCAAUCAAAUAACAAAGGAAGGUCUUGCCCUAGAGCAGUGUUCCCUGUCAGUGUCACUUGUUCAUGCUGUGGUUACUGCUUGCAGAUGCAAGAGGCUUCUUGUUUCUCCCAAUUUAAUUUUUGAAGCUUGGAUUCAAUUUAGAACAAAUGUUACCAGUGAGUAUUCCUUCAUUUCUUUAAUUUAUGAUUUUGAUUUUUAAAAUAUAUAUUUAUUCAUUGUUAGUAUUUCCAGCAAAAGCAGAUCUUUAGAAUGGUUCAUAUUUCUAGAACUGGUUUCUAAACUUGUUUUCUAGCUCAUGUCUGGGACCCAAAUCCUUGUCACUCAUCUUCCUGAUCCUGACCUCAUGAGCUUCCUGCUCUCCUCUCUGUUUCUGCUCUCCUACCUAGAGUUAAUUGAACACAUGGGAUGAGCGGGGAUAGCAUUGCCUCAAACCACUUUGAUGUAAGAGGAUAUCCUGAUCCCCUGUAGAAAGGGUAAAGCAAAUGUCACUGUUAUGUCUGUGAUCAUAAGCAGUUUUCACAAAGGGAUAAAAUGUUGAAACCUAACAAAUUAGACUUCAAAACAAUUGAAUAAACUGUGCAGUUUCAAAGUCCUUUAAAGAGAAUUGACUACAAACGUGCUUUUUUUAACAGUUGAUAACAUGCAGGAUUGUUUGUCUGCCUAAGUCAGAGGAAGCCAAGUAGGGCACUGGUCUUUCUAAGUAUUUUACACAGGAUUCCCUUGCAGAAAAUAUUUAAAAGCUUGAUGUUCAAUGAAAGAAAACUACAUUAAUAGAGGCUGUGCUCUCACUCAAAUGGAGCCAUGACUGAGAGCUGGGAGCACUUCCUAAUGCUCUGUAAUGCCACUCAUAUCUUUCAUGGCAUGCAGAUGUCCCUUCUUUCUGCCCCACCGUGCUUUGUCUGCUCUACCAGUGCAGAAUGCACGUGGCCGCAUUACUUGGCUAUUAUUGUUCCAUUGUCAUUCCUAUGCGGCCAAACUUUCCCAUGUUGUCUUUCCUACGUGGCCAAACUUUCCCACAGUCCCCCUUAUUAGAAGCAUUUUCAAUGAUCUCAAGCUGUUGAAUACAAACUACCAUGCUUGUCAGGUUGAGUGUGAUCCCAUCUAUGGUGCACAGGCAGCAGAGUACACCUGGGGCUUGUGCUUAGCCCCCCUCAAGUGCUUGGGCCUCUAAGUCCAUGCUAGUCUGUUUGGCCCUAUAUACACUAGCAGGCUCCAGCUGCCCUGAACAGCCACACCUCAGGCUUCUACCUCCUGCCUGCUGGAGGUAAAUACAUGCCCUGGACAUGUAUUUAAGCUCAGGUCCUCAUCCUUGCUCCUUGCUUAAGCCAUGUUGUGUGUAUGCAGUGUCUUGUUUGUCUUUGAGACUUCCUGGCCUGACCUCGGCCCUGUCUCAUGACUACAGACUGGCACUCUCGUGCUCACUGGAUUGUUGGCUGAACCUGCUAGGGUCACUGGACCUGCUUCUUUUUUGUUUGGGUACUGCAGGACCUUGUCCUUGCCUGUGAGGUUACAGCUCCUGCUUGCCUUGCCCUCACCCUUGGCUCCUGGCUUGCCUCCCCUGACAGAGCAGCCUGCUUGCCUGUUCCCUGACACUCACUUGCUUUCUACUCAUGCACCUUGUCACAGAGCUACCUGACAGCCUGCAUCUGCUCAGCAAUUAACCCUUGUAACCUGCUCCAUUUUCUGUGAUCACUUCAGUGCAGCACAGGGAAGCAGCACAGCGAGUGCCUGCUCCCUCGGACAUGAUGCUAACUGGACAUUGGAGCACACAGGGCUUUAGUUAACCUCUGCUGGCUGCCACCCGCAACUGUGACUGCAGCUUCCGUCUACAGCUGAACCUACCCUGGCGCCAAGACCUUGAAGUCCCCCUUCACAGGGUGAGUCCUGCAGCCCAGACUGGCUCCUGAGAUACUCUCUGUCUGUUCAGUGGAAGGCUUCAUAAAUGGCUUGUGCUAGCCAUGUAGUUUGAGGGUGUCUGGCAAUGUUGGGAGGAAGCUCUGUUAGGAAGUAAGGGAACAGCAGUUACCUUCAGAAACCCAUUUCCAUAAGCAGCCCAGAACGAUCCAGGGCAAGUCUCAUCCUGCACUGGGCAGGGCCAGUGCAGUUCUGACUUCGCCAGGCCAUGCUAAUGGGGAAAAAGAAGCUGAGAAUCUCACACUCAUCCACAGCAAAAUGCUUUCUAACUCUCCAAGCUCAAUGAUCAGCAGGUGACGCAUCUAGUUGCAUGUGACCCGAAGUACAUGCUGGCCCUUUCCCCCCAUCCUUCAUGCUGGCAAGAGGCAGCUGAUACCCAGAAAAGCAUGGAGGAUGAAAUUGAAUCAGUUCUGCAGGAGCGGAUAAUGAUUUUGGAUGGAGGCAUGGGUACCAUGAUCCAGCAACAUGCCCUGUCAGAAGAAGAUUUCCGAGGGCAUGAAUUUAAAGACCAUUCCAAGCCUCUGAAAGGCAAUAACGACCUUCUCAGCAUAACUCAGCCUGAUAUAAUCUGUGACAUACACAAGGAAUACUUGCUGUCAGGUGCUGACAUCAUUGAAACAAACACUUUCAGCAGCACCAGAGUUGCACAAGCUGACUAUGGCCUUGAGCAUUUGGUAUAUCGAUUAAACAGAGUCUCUGCAGAGGUGGCUAGAAAAGCAGCAGAUGAUGUAACUGCUCAGACAGGAAUUAAGCGAUAUGUUGCUGGAUCCAUGGGGCCAACAAACAGGACACUUUCUGUGUCACCCUCUGUGGAGAGACCAGAUUACAGGAACAUAACUUUUGAUGAACUGGUUGAAGCCUAUACAGAACAAGCCAAAGGACUGUUGGAUGGAGGAGUUGAUAUCAUGUUAGUAGAAACCGUAUUUGAUACAGCCAAUGCCAAGGCAGCUCUUUUUGCACUCCACAAGUUGUUUGAGGAAGAAUAUGCUCCCCGACCCAUAUUUGUUUCUGGAACCAUUGUAGAUAAGAGUGGGCGCACCCUCUCAGGCCAGACAGGAGAGGCAUUUGUCAUUAGUGUUUCCCACAGUAAGCCACUUUGCAUCGGCUUAAAUUGUGCUUUAGGAGCAGUUGAGAUGCGACCAUUCAUUGAAACAAUUGGAAAAUGUACAGAAGCCUAUGUCAUCUGUUACCCUAAUGCAGGUCUUCCUAAUACUUUUGGUGGUUAUGAUGAAACUCCAGAAGUGACUGCCAAGCACAUAAAGAGUUUUGCACUGGAUGGUUUGGUCAACGUAGUUGGAGGUUGUUGCGGUACUACACCAGAACAUAUCAGGAAGAUUGCUGAAGCUGUGAGAUCAUGUAAACCUCGUGUUCCACCUUCUCUCUCUGAAGGAUAUAUGCUGCUAUCAGGUCUGGAGCCAUUCAGGAUUGGGCCAUAUACCAACUUCGUUAAUAUCGGUGAACGCUGUAAUGUUGCAGGAUCAAGGAAGUUUGCUAAACUCAUCAUGGCAGGCAACUAUGAAGAAGCCCUGAGUGUAGCCAAAAUGCAAGUGGAGAUGGGGGCCCAAAUUCUUGACAUCAAUAUGGAUGAUGGGAUGCUGGAUGGUCCUGCCUCAAUGACCAGAUUUUGUAACUUGAUCUCUUCAGAACCUGAUAUUGCAAAGGUGCCAUUAUGCAUUGAUUCCUCAAAUUUUUCAGUGAUUGAGGCAGGUUUGAAGUGUUGCCAAGGAAAAUGCAUUGUAAACAGCAUCAGUCUGAAGGAAGGUGAAGAAGACUUUCUGGAGAAAGCAAGGAAAAUUAAGUUGUAUGGAGCAGCUGUGGUUGUCAUGGCUUUUGAUGAAGUGGGUCAGGCAACAGAAACAGAAACCAAGAUUGCAAUCUGUUCCAGAGCUUAUCACCUACUUGUGGAAAAAGUGUGCUUCAAUCCAAAUGAUAUAAUAUUCGACCCUAAUAUUUUGACCAUAGGGACUGGAAUGGAAGAACAUAACCUAUAUGCUAUUAAUUUUAUCAAUGCUACUAAAGUCAUAAAAGAAACACUGCCAGGAGCUAAGAUAAGUGGAGGUCUUUCCAAUCUGUCUUUCUCCUUUCGAGGAAUGGAUGCCAUUCGUGAAGCAAUGCAUGGAGUGUUCCUUUACCAUGCAAUUAAGUAUGGCAUGGACAUGGGAAUUGUGAAUGCUGGGAAUCUGCCAGUAUAUGAUGAUAUCCACAAGGAGUUGCUACAGCUAUGUGAGAAUUUAAUCUGGAACAAAGAUCCUGAUGCGACAGAGAAACUUUUACAUUAUGCUCAGAAUCAUGCCCAAGGAGGAAAGAAAGUGAUACAUACUGAUGAAUGGCGCAAAAGCUCCGUGGAGGAAAGGCUGGAAUAUGCUCUCAUAAAGGGCAUUGAGAAGUAUGUCACUGCAGAUACAGAAGAAGCGAGAUUAAAUCAGGAAAAAUAUCCUAGGCCUCUAAAUAUAAUUGAAGGACCUUUGAUGAAUGGCAUGAAAAUUGUUGGUGAUCUUUUUGGUGCUGGGAAGAUGUUUCUGCCUCAGGUGAUAAAAUCUGCUCGAGUUAUGAAGAAAGCAGUUGGCCACCUUAUUCCCUAUAUGGAAAAAGAAAGAGAGGAAAAGAGAGCUGAACAGGGCAGCACAGAACAAGAGGAUCCUUACAAUGGUACAAUAGUACUAGCAACUGUGAAAGGCGAUGUACAUGAUAUCGGCAAGAACAUUGUGGGAGUUGUUCUGGGCUGCAACAACUUCAGAGUUAUUGAUUUAGGAGUCAUGACUCCAUGUGAUAAGAUAUUGAGAGCUGCUGUUGAGAACAAAGCAGAUAUAAUUGGCCUGUCUGGUCUCAUCACCCCUUCUUUGGAUGAAAUGAUUUUUGUCGCCAAGGAAAUGGAGAGAUUGGCAAUAAAGAUUCCUUUGCUGAUUGGAGGAGCAACUACUUCUAAAACACACACAGCUGUUAAAAUUGCCCCCCGAUAUAGUGCACCUGUAAUUCAUGUCCUGGAUGCAUCCAAGAGUGUUGUGGUUUGCUCUCAGCUCUUAGAUGAAAGUGUAAAAGAUGAUUUCUUUGAAGAAAUAUUAGAGGAAUAUGAAGAAAUUAGACAAGAACACUAUGAGUCUCUCAAGGAAAGAAGAUACUUGUCUCUACAGCAAGCUAGGAGAAAAGGUUUCCAUAAUGACUGGUUAUCAGGACAUAAACCAGUUAAACCAAAAUUCAUUGGUACAAAAGUCUUUGAAGAUUAUGACCUGAAGAGGCUAGUAGAAUACAUUGACUGGAAGCCUUUCUUUGAUGUCUGGCAACUUAGGGGAAAGUAUCCCAACCGGGGUUUCCCUAAAGUCUUUAAUGAUAAAACUGUAGGUGAAGAAGCAAAGAGAGUUUAUAACGAUGCUCAAAAUCUGCUGAAAAUGUUGAUCAAUCAAAAGAAAUUACAAGCCAGGGGUGUGGUUGGAUUUUGGCCAGCUCAAAGUGUUCAAGAUGAUAUCUAUUUAUAUGCUGUAGAAGAGGCAGUGGGAUCUUCGGAACCGAUAGCAAAAUUUCAUGGCCUGAGACAACAGGCUGAAAAAGACUCUGCCUGCACAGAUCCGUAUUACUGUCUUUCUGAUUUCAUAGCACCGCUGGAUUCUGGCAUUUGUGACUACUUAGGCCUGUUUGCUGUGGCCUGCUUUGGUGUAGAUGAGUUGUGCAAUGAAUAUAGGAAACAGGAUGAUGAGUACAACAUCAUAAUGGUAAAGGCGCUUGGAGAUCGGUUGGCAGAGGCAUUUGCUGAGGAGCUUCAUGAAAGGGUUCGAAAGGAAUUUUGGGCUUACUGUAGUGCCGAGCAGCUAGAUCUCUGUGACCUACGCAGAAUUAAAUAUGAUGGAAUUCGCCCUGCUCCUGGGUAUCCAAGCCAGCCUGACCAUACAGAAAAACUGACCAUGUGGAAACUUGCAAACAUCGAGGAAACAACAGGAAUUGGUUUAACUGAAUCACUAGCAAUGACACCUGCUUCUGCAGUUUCUGGCCUCUACUUUUCCAAUCCCAAAUCCAAGUAUUUUGCUGUUGGCAAGAUAUGUAAAGAUCAGGUUGAAGAUUAUGCACUGAGAAAAAAAUUGUCCGUGGCAGAGGUGGAGAAAUGGCUGGGACCCAUUCUGGGAUAUGAUACUGAAUAACUGUGGGAGACAUCGGCAAGCAUUUUCUUCUAAUGGUCCAUUUGCUAGAAGGAAUAAUGAAGUGGCAUCUAUUACCUUACAUUGCUGCCCUUAGUAUUUGUUGGAAAUGGUUUGUUUUUGUCACUGGUCUGAUCAAAAAAAAAGAAAAGAAAAGAAAAAAUCUCAAACCAACAAACCAAACGAACUAAAAUCCAACAAGAAAAUCCUACUGAGAGGUUUUCUGCCAUCCAGUAUCCAGUAUUUCAUCUGAUUGUUUCUAAUUUUUGAUCAAGGAACAUAUAUUUCAGGUAUGCCAUGUACUUGGGACCAUGAAUGCAUUGCAGGUCUCUUAAUCAUAGCAAUAUGCUUUUAUUUGUAUUUUUUGCACAAAUACUCUAGCUGAGCAACUAGUUAUAGGGUGAGAUGUGGAAGUUGCACACCCCUCCUGUCUUUAGGAAGGCUUUGAAAUGAGGGCCUAGUAUUUGUCCCAUUGGCUGUGGACAUGUUGAACAGAGUUUGUCUUCUGUUAUUUGAAUGUGUUUUAGCAAGUCAAGGUCAUACAGAAAUAUGAUGCAAUUUUUUUUCUGUGAAGUCAGGAAAAAUUUUAAACUGAGUGACCAAGAACAACCAAUGUACAAACAGAUCUUUUUUAUAAAAAAAAAUAAACAACUGUCUGCUCCAUAUUUAGGGCUUGUACAUAAUGUUUUUCUCUCUAAAUAAUAACUCAGGUCUUUAAUUUACUGUGUGAUGAUGACUGUAGUUAAAACUAUCAAAAGAUAUAAUGUGGUGGAACAAUAUCAGGGAUGCUGUAUUAUGAUAAAACAUAAAUGAGAUGUGUCCCCCUAGAAAACUCAUGCUUACUUUCAUCUGGCUACAGUCCAUUUCUAGUCCAUUUCUGUGUAAAGUGUAACAAUACCUUUCUUCCUCCCUGUUUUGUUGUGAGGAUUAAUUAAUAUUUAAACUUUUGUAUGUGAAAAGUAUGACAGAAGCACAACUGCUACUAUUAACAGAGAGACAGAAAGCUUGGAGCUGACCAGUGUACAAACUUUAAGCUUAUUUUAACCUGGAUUUUAAAAGCAAAUAAUAGCAACACUACCAUCAGUAACAGUUAAUAGUGUAGGUUUAUUUUCCAAAUCUAAGUGAGCUAAUUGUUCAUAGCUGUUCAUAAUCCCCUAAAAGUGCCUCAUGUAUUAUUUAAAUGCAAAUUUCUUAAAAUAUUAUGUCAGGAAAAUCCAGUUUUUCUGGUCUCUAAUUGUAAAGAAAAGACCAAUGUUCUAUCUGUAAUCCAUUAAUAGUUACAUAAUUUUUGUAAUGGCAUCUGACUCUAUGCUAAAAGAAUUAUCUUGUAUCAACAGUUUAAUAAAGGUUAAGCUGUCA